AUGUCCACCCAAGACAGCGACGCAGAGAGCUCCAUCUCCAGCCAGACAAGAACAAAAACCCCCAAACACACCUUCCCCCUCGCCCACCCCCCUCCCAAAUCCUCCCCCUGCCUCCGCCUCACCCCGCGUCUCCUCCUCCAAAUCCAACAACUCUCAAUAACCUCAAACCGACAACGGGCCCUCCCCAUUCUCGAAAUCUACCAACCCCCACGACAAGGGAAAUCUCUCCCAAACUGUCCGCGCAAAAUCCACGGCCGAGAUCUCUACAUCCUGCAGAGCGACGCUUACACCGACAUCACCUCAACACCAAAAUCAUCAUCAUCAGCACGUACAAGUACUACCUACCCCAUUGCCGCGGGCGUAAUCUACAACAACCACAACACAAACCCCAACCCCAAGAAAUCCACCACCACCACACAAGGAGCCACGACAACAACAACAACUACUACUACUACUACAACAGAAGAAGACGAAAUCUACCUCCCAACCACACAACAAACCUACUCCGCAACGCGCACCCCACGAGGCAACUACCGCUUCAUCCUACGCGAGAAGAAAACCCCCUCGGGCGAAACCGUCAUCAUCGAAUGGCGGCGGAAAGCCCAAUCCCAGACCCAGUCCGGAGGAGGAGGAAGGCCAAGAACCGCGUCGGGGUCGGCGGUGUCGGCAUCAACGGACUCCGAUACAUUAACAACAACAACAGGAAACCCUUGCGAGGAGGAAGACUCCACUAGUAGCUCCGAUGCCAAUGCUAAUGCCAAUGCUAAUCCCCGGUUUGUGCUAUGCAUUAGUGCCAUCGGAGGGGAAAGAGCAGCUGGCGCCGAUCAGCAGCAACGUGUCAGACGGUCGGGGCUGGCUGGACUAGAGAAAAAGGGGCUGAGGGUUGGCGGGUGGGAUGCGAAACAAGUGCGGUUUUUGGAGGAGGUGGGGAUAUUAGGUGCUGGGGAGGAGGAGGUGGUGGUUACGUUGGUAUUGACGCUGGGGGUUUACGUUGCGUGGAUGGAGGGGUGGUUGUAA